UGAUAUCUGUGUUACAGCUGUCCAGUACAAGUUGACAGACACUACAUGGCCUGUUGGCUGUGUGAGACAGAAAAUCUUUGUGGAUAGCCGAACAACAGUCAACAACAUGUGAAAAGGAAUUAUGACUGAAUGGGAAAAAAUACUCAGCAUUUAUUAAACAAGAAUUAGCAGAGGUCCAAAGGCAGCUACAAUUUUUUUUUCUGAAUAAAUGCAUUAAUACAUUUGCGGCUAUAGCCCUAACAACAACUUUGUUACAGUUAUUGCUUCACAUAAAACAGAAACAUCUGCAAGACAGACAAGUGAAUAACCAUGAAAGGUGCUUUGCUUUUGGUUUCAAGUUUCAUAUUCCUAACACACAGGGUGAAUUGCUGCCCCACAAAAUGUCAGUGUCAUCAAUUUUCAAAGACGGUGGACUGUAGGAACCGAGGACUUGUUGAUGUCCCUCCUCACUUACCUGCUGAAACUCAAAUAUUACUGUUGUCAAAUAACCACAUUCAGAAAAUCAAUCACAGUGUUUUUAUUGACACAACAAUCCUCAAAAUUCUGGAUUUAUCUAAUAAUUCUAUUUCAGGUCUGCUGCCUAACACUUUCAAAGGACUGCGACAUCUACAGAUCCUAAACUUAACUAAAAACUUCAUUGAAUAUGUAGACAACAAGACUUUUAGUUCCCUCCCACACUUAAAAGAAUUGGAUUUAUCAUCCAAUAAUAUAGUACGUCUACCUGGAACUCUAGGAAAUAACACAGGGAACAUAACGUUACUGUCUCUGAAGCAUAAUAAACUUCAGAAAGUAGACAGGCUUCUGUUAGAAUCACUACCAAAUCUGAAAGUUGUUCUUUUCAAGGGUAACUCCUGGCUAUGCAAUUGUCAUGUCUUUGGCCUUAAAUUGUGGCUGGAGACCUUUUUAUACAGAGGUGGAAUCAGUGAUGGCGUGAUCUGCUUGACUCCUGAAAAUUGGAAGGGAAAAGACCUUCUCAAAAUUCCUUAUGAGAUGUAUGGGAUCUGUCCUCCUACAACUUCUCAAAUGCAAAAGGACAACAUUCUACACUCUAUUUCAGAGCAUAAAAGUUCCCUGAAGCAUGCCCAUCACAGUGAACAUGGAGAUAGCAGCCGCUCACACUGUGAACCGAAACCAAAGCCACGACCUGUUAGCUUGCGUCAUGCAAUCGCCACUGUAGUAAUAACUGGAGUGGUCUGUGGGAUUGUAUGUCUCAUGAUGUUGGCAGCUGCUGUGUAUGGUUGUGCCUAUGCUGCAAUUACAGCAAAAUACCACCGGGAACACUUGCCCCCCGGCAAGGAGAAGGGGAAUUUUGAGGGAAAGGAGACAUUUGAGAGUUCAUUGGCCUGAGUUACUGCUUUCCAUGAACAAGUUCUAUUUUUUCAGUUGCAGCAGUAGUGUUCAGAAUAGGAUUGAGUGACUGGUUACUAUUAUGCUUUGAUCCUUCAUAUUAAAGAAUGUUUGUAUAUAAAAUUAUCUGUUACAAGAAUCUCAUGAGAUUUAUAUUACAUGUUUUCAUAGUUAUAUCUACACAGGACUUGAAGUGAAACAAAUGUGUUCAUCCAAUAUAUCUUUGACAAACAAGUCUUUCAGCCCAUGUUAGUCCCCAACAUGGCAGAGAGAGAAGAUAACAGAAAGGGCUGUAAAAUAGGGCAAGGGAUCCAUUCCCAACUGGUGUCAGUUAUAGCACUACCCGGGGAUGAGAUUAGGCAAAGAGGAUGAGCAAUUUCAGGUCCACCUUAAAAAGCAUAAAGAUUAUUGUGACUGAAAAACAGUGUUGUGACUUCCCCUACUACUUAGUACGAUAUUGAAGGUUUUAAACUGAGGUGUUGCGUUUUCAUGACAUUUUGUUAUUUGACUGGGAAAGAAUUUUUGCUACCUUAGCAGAGUAGUCUUGGAGGCAUGCUUCCCCCCUCCUUUUCACACAUCUCUUUCUCAAGCAUAACAUGUUUGAAGUUCUUAUAAUUUACUGUCAUUGUCUGUUGUGGAUUAGCCAUCAAGCCAAACAAGUGAUCUUUGAAAGGACCUCCUUUCAGUGGCAAAAGGCAUCCAAAUCUGGCAAAUCCCCCAGAUGAUAGUGAAGUGGAGGAACGUUUUUCUGAUGUCAUUUCUCUCUGAGGUGGGCUUACCAAUGUAAGAGCUGUAUUAUAUGUACCGAUAUCUUAUUUUCCUUGGGGUUACCAAUAGGGGUGCCAGCUCCAAGUUGGGAAAUUCCUGGAGAUCUGGGGAGUGAAACCUGGAGAAAGUGGGGUUUGGAGAGGGAAAGGACCUUGGCAUGGCAUA